CCUCUUAUGCGAGCAAAAACGUUCGCCUUCCUCGCUCGACCGAACAUACCCGUUCGCCUUCAUCCGAUUGGACCUCCCCCUGCUCCCUUCUCCUCUCGUGUCUCUCCAGCUCGACAGCUCUUCUCUCCCGCUCGCCUUCCUCCUCGCACACGACUGAGCCCCGCUCGAAGACAGGUUCAACUCCUCUGCUCGAUCCCGCUCUACCUCUGCGCUCUACAGCUCCUCUCUCCCGCUCGACAGCUCCUCUCUGCCGCUCGCUCGCCUUCCUCCUCGUGCACGACUGAGCCCCGCUCGCUGCUUCCUCGCCCGACAGAUUCAACUCCUCCGCUCGAUCCCGCUCUACCUCUGCGCUCUACAGCUCCUCUCUCCUGCUCGAAAGCUCCUCUCUCUCGCUCGCCUUCCUCGUGCACGACUAAGCCCCGCUCGCUGCUUCCUCGCCCGACAUAUUCAACUCCUCCGCUCGAUCACGCUCUCACUCUGCGAUCCGCUCUCCUCUCUCCCGCUCGACAGCUCCUCUCUCGAUCCUGCCUCCGUUCUCUCAGUACCGAAACUACCCGACUCCCUUUCCAUAAAUCCUCGCUCGACUCCCUCCCCCGAUUGAAGCUCCUGCUCACCUCCCUCGGCUUCCCAUUCUCGACCGAAGCACCCUCACACUCGCCUCCUCACACAGAAGCUUUUCCUGCAUCCUCUACUGCAGUCCCAGAUUUGUGCCUCUUAUAUAAGUCUUAUCCUGAAUCUAAUAAUCAGCUGGCUGUUUGAGAUAUUCCUUCAUACAGAUUAAACUCAUCAUCACCAUUAUCCUUAUACUAAUUGCUUUGAUUGGUUUUAUGAACUUCCCUUACCUUUGAAUCUUGAACGUGGAUUUUUUUUUAAGAAAGAAAAGAGGAUGGAUUAAAAUGUGAUUAUCACAGUUAGAGAGUUUCUUGCUAU